GACGUUGGUUAGCCUUAUUGGUUUCACUACCACUGCCGGGGAAAUUUUGAAAUUACAAGGGAGUGGAAACGUCGUAAAUUCUUGGCUAACUAAUUAGUAGCGAGAUCUGGCGCGAUUCUCAUUUAUUCUUUAUAGGACAGUUUCCUACCCAGCAAAAAACACUUGUCAGAGAGAACACGAAAAGAAAAAAUGGCCGAAGGCGUCGUUUGCAUGGAUGUUCAACGUCAAGAAGCUAACGUUAGCCAAACUGAACUGAGUGUCGACGCAGAGAUUGUAUGCAGUGAACAUUUUCGAAAAGAGACAGUCGAUCUCGAGGCAGAAAUGGAAAUUGGUGCAGUAACUAGAGAUCUUCUAGGCAAAGACGUUCUCCAGAUAUCGCAAGGACUAUUUCAGGACGAUGGUGACUGCGACGAAGACGAGGAUGACGAUGAUAGCGGCACUGACUACCACAACAGCGAUAAGUCUGGCACAAAUUUACUAAGGGCCGAACGAGAUGGAGAUACUGUCCUUCCAGACACCUUUCAGACUAACCAUCUUCUUUAUUAUGAGAGGUUUAAAGCAUACCAAGACUACAUGCUGGGAGAUUGUAAAACCUCAGAAGUAAAAGCUUUCACUGCAGACUACCUGGAGAAGGUUGUGGAGCCUUGUGACUGGCAAGCUGUGUGGUGCACAGAUGUUUUUGAUGUCUUGGUGGAGGUAGUGGAUGUAGACUACAAAGAAAUGAAGGCAAAGGUGGAGCUGCCAGUGCCUCUGCAGUGUGAGACCAGAGGCUGUGAGCUGACUGAGGAGGCUAUGAGGCGCUGCUGGAGGCCACGCUGCAGAAGGUUCCUCUGCAGGAGCUCAAUGUUGUCUACGAGGAGUCAGGAGACUUUGACGGGACUGCACUGUCCCUGGAACAUCUCAGGUUUUUCUACAAACAUAUCUGGAGAAAGUGGGAUGAAGAGGAUGAGGAUGAUGACUUUGACUACUUUGUGCGAUGUGUGGAGCCUCGCCUCAGGCUGUGAGUACUACUUACCUUGA